AUGAAGAUACAUGAAACGGUGAGCGAGCAGUCAGUCUAUGCAGUGACUCUUGAUAGACUGACAGGGACUAAGAGAGCUAGUGCCCGCGGGCUCGAGGAUCAGCGAGGGCCUCAUCAGGAAUCCAAAACCACCGAUGCACUUCGCCCCUCCGAUCUGCUGCUAUUCAUCGACUUUCGGCCGCCCCAGCAAUCAGGCCAGGCGCACGCGCUCACUGCCGUGUCCGUGGCGGAUAUCGUUUCCUUAGCCUGUAGAAUCGCUUGCUUUUGUCUUCCAUGGGCCUUUUCUUUUUCCUUACUACCAGUCUUCUCCCUUUUCGGGAUAUGCUCUUUUGUGAACCCGGGUGUGGACGACUUGGCCCAUAAAUUGGCCUGGUCCACAGGUCCGACCACGGCUGCACUACAGCUAAAUGCAGGUGCCAAUCACUGUGCUUCGACUCCCAAGCACCGUGCGGGCGAUUAUGGGUCUUACUCCAUCGCAAGGCUUGCCAUGUCAUCCUUCUCCUCCAUGCUCAUCCACUUGGCUCGUAAUCAGUAUCCUUAUUGUUGA